CGUAGAUUAUUAAUUCUUUAAGCAAUUCCAAUUAUAGGUAAUAAUAGGGGGAGGGGUGGUAAAUCGGCUCCGGGGGAGGGGGUGAGAGAGUUCUAGCUACAAUAUUCAGAUAUCAGCUUUUUGCCUCAUUAAGGAGGUAAAACAUCUGACCGCGUCUUGACAGAGUUAUGUUCAUGCCAUACCGCAAGCGACCGGCGUAAUACAGUGGCUAGUCGACAUCGCAACAAAUCUAGCCAACAGCUAAGCUAGACGCAAAAACGAUCCCCUUGUAAUUCAAUCGAUCACCUGUUUGUUUCCUUUCAAUUAAAGAACUAUGAAAGAGUGGAUAGAACAGAUCCUACGGCACGCGCUCAAGGACGGCAGAGAGCCCGAGAAGAGAAUGAAAGGGGAAUGAGAGAAUUGCGUGACGAGAUGGAGAGAGAUCGUCGACAGGCGUUGCUUGAUGCGCAAGAAUGCACGAAAAUUGAAGGCGACGCACAGAGAAGACAACUGGCUCACCAAAGACGUGAUGGGGAGGACCAAGAAAGGAAUCAAAAGGAAGAAGAACGAUUUUGUAAGCUUAAAGUCGCGCUGAUGAAUUACGACUUACAGACCAACCCAAGAAUUAAGAAAGAAUCUUUCCGAGAUUUGGUGGUGGACGACAUCGAUGUGCUCAGCGUUGUUUUAAUAGGAAGACCAGGCACGGGGAAAACCAGCUUUAUAGGCACGUUGCAGCGAGCCAUUGGACAGCCUCAGAGUGCUUUUGGUGACGGAAAAGGAAAAGAAGACACCAUCCUUCUCGAACCAUACUACCUGCAGAAAAAUAUUCGGAUGCUGGACACCAGAGCAUUCUUUGAAUGGGACGAGAGAGCGCUGGAAGAGUGCCUGAAACUCAUGUCUGGAAGGUAGCGGGUUGCUUUCGUUCACGUUCAGGUUUACGUUAGCUCAAAAUACGAUAGCGGUACGUCCAACAUCUCGUUAGAGAGAAAGGUCUGACUGAGAUGCGGCCUGAAUAAAACUCCAUUAAUGUAGCGUUCCUCCCUACCCCCAGUUCAGUGUUGUUUUGAUCUUUCAAGAUCGAUUAUUGUGCUACCCAAAAGGGGAGGGGCAAAGGACAGUGUCACGGGUUGCGUAUGUGCAAGAUUGCUUUUCGAUAUUGGCAUAAAAAUGUCUCCUUAGAAGGGAUAUUUAGCCGUUCUGCGUUGUUUUAGAGCUAAUAAUAUACAAACAGCAAUUUCUGCAUUCUGAUUGGCUAAGUGCAUGUCAAUUUAUCCCAAAUCAGUGUAAUUUCACCAAUGCAAAAGGGUGAAAUUGGAAAUGAUUGACAGCUCUUACAAAAUUGAGCUGGGCCAAACAAAAAAUGGCGGACAAAAAUCAAACGAAGAUUGAAACUCUUUACCUACAUUUUAAUACAAAGACUUCAUAACAAAGCAAAGUACAAAGCUCAGCAAAAAAAUACUAAACUAGUUAUCUCGAAGUGUGCAAGAAGAGAAAUAUACUCAAAAGCCAUGAGAACAAAAACAUAUACCGCAGCAGAUCACGACGGCAUUACAAAAUCCCUGCUUAAAAAAAAAAAAUUAAAUUUCCAGUACCACGAAGCAAAGCUCAAAGAAGGACUCAACAACACGUCCUUAGAACCUGCUACAUCUUACUUUUGAAGACGAAAAUAUUCUACUUUUGCGAAAGAACAAAGUUUAAAGAUUAGGGAGGUCGUUCACCAACAAACUUAAGCUUCGCAUCUUGGUAUUUUGGUUAAAGCAACUUGUGAUGGGUUGAAAAGUUUCUUCUCGGCGAACAUUAGCUUAAACACGGCACAGCGUUUUGCAACCACCCGAGAAACAUUUGGCAAAAAAGCUGCAUCAAAACCGCAGGGAGUUUUUCUUUUGCUUCGUGGUCAAGUUCUACUCCAAUCAGUCAAAUUACUAUUACUAAUAGAGGCUGACUUUGUGUUAUUGCCA